AUGGCUCCCUCGGCCAUCGAUGAGUUCGCCAUCAAGGCGCCCGAACAAAAGACAUAUCCUCCCGCCCAGAUCUUUCCUGUGAAGGAGACGCGCUUCGAGAACUAUAUAGAGCCAUCAAAGGAUGGAAGAGAACGCGCGCUGAAGCACUCCGAAAGCUCAGCCAUCGUUAUUGACAAUGGAUCCUCCACCGUGCGCGCCGGCUGGUCAUUCGAGUCGAAGCCGAGAUUCAGUAUCCCGCCUAUAAUGGCUAAGUACCGCGACCGAAAGCUGGGCAAGACGUUCUCUUUUGCCGGAUCCGACUGUUACGCCGACACAACCGCGCGCGGCCAUAUCAGAAGUGCUUUUGAAGCUGGAACAGGAAUUGUCAGCAACUGGGAUGUCAUGGAGCACGUGCUGGAUUACAUCUUUCUCAAGCUGGGCAUGAACGAUGCAGAUGGCGCCAUUGAAGUUCCCAUUGUCAUGACAGAGGCUGUUGCCAAUUUGCCAUAUUCAAGGAAAUCUAUGACCGAGAUUAUCUUCGAAUGCUAUGGCGCGCCUUCGCUGGCUUACGGAAUCGAUUCACUCUUCUCAUACAGACACAACAAGGGCAAGACUGGUCUCGUCGUCUCGUCAUCGUAUACAUCGACACAUGUCAUCCCUGUAUACAACAACAAGGCCCUUCUUGGGCAAGCCACGCGAUUGAACUGGGGAGGCUAUCACAACGCCGAGUAUCUCCUAAAACUGCUUCGACUCAAAUACCCGGCUUUCACUGGUAAGACCAACGUCUCACAAGCAGAACACAUGCUACGCGAUCAUGGAUAUGUAUCUCAGGACUACGACGAUGAACUUGCCAGCUACCUUGAAUGGAAGGGUCUGGAAGAUCGCGAUAUUGUUAUGCAAUACCCUUACACAGAAAUCGUGAUCGAGCAAAAGACCGAGGAAGAGCUAGCAAAGAUUGCAGAGCGCAAGAAGGAAAGUGGACGAAGGCUACAGCAACAGGCGGCCAAGAUGCGUUUAGAGAAGCUCAUGAAGAAGGAGCAGGAUUUGGAGUACUACAAGAAUCUUCAGAAAAACAUCACUGAUGUGACAAAGAAGGAACUCAGACGUCAGCUCGACAGCAACGACAUCAAGGAUGAGAACCAGUUGGAGAAGAUCAUCAAAGACUUGGAAAAGGCUGUUAGGAAGGCUCGAACAAAGGACGUCGGUGGCGACCCCGAGGAAGAACAAGAACAGCCCAAUUUUGAUCUUCUUGAUAUCCCCGACGAUCAGCUCGAUGAUGCUCAGAUCAAACAGAAGCGCCAGCAACGAUUACUGAAGUCAAAUCACGAGGCUCGCGCGCGCGCAAAGGCCGAGAAGGAGGCAGAAAAGGCGCGAGUCGUUGAAGAAGAGCGUGCCGAUACCGAGAGACGAGAGAAUGAUCUUGAGAACUGGCUCGAAGAGAAACGCCAACGACGAGCGGAGACGCUGCAGAAGAUGAAGGAACGCGAGCGUCUUAAGCAGGACCUGGGCAACCGAAAAUCUCUUGCUUCACAAAUCCGUAUGAAGAGCAUUGCCAACUUGGCUUCAGACGCCCCGACUAAAAAGCGAAGACGUGGUGGUGAUGACGAUAACUUCGGUGCAGACGAUGAUGAUUGGGGUGUCUAUCGUCAAAUUGCCGUGGGCGAUAACAGCGACGAUGAGCAUGAGGAAGAGGACCUCAACUCUGCACUAAAGUCACUAGAAGAAGACCUUUUGCGUUAUGAUCCCGACUUUGAUUACGAGCAUACUCACGAGGCCCAGUCUGACUGGUCUAAAUCUCUACUGCACGCUUUUGCACGAGGUCCCCGACCCUUCGAUCCCUCUUCGCAGGCCGAGCUUAAUCAAAUCCACCUCAACGUUGAGCGUAUUCGUGUUCCCGAGGUUGUUUUCCGCCCAUCCAUCGCAGGUGUGGACCAGUCGGGUAUCGUUGAUAUUGCGGGUGACAUUCUCAACCAACGUUUGGGCAAUGUUCCCAACCGAGAUGAUUUCCUACGUGAUGUCUUCUUGACAGGUGGCAAUACUCUUUUCAAGAACUUUGAUGAUCGCGUUCGCGAUGGUCUACGCUCCCUUCUUCCUGCCGACUCACCCUUGACUGUGCGUCGUGCCGAAGACGCUCUUCUGGAUGCUUGGAAGGGUGCUGCAGGAUGGGUCGGAACGCCUGCUUGGAAGACGGCAAAGAUUUCGAGGGAAGAAUACCAAGAAAAGGGUCCGGAGUAUAUCAAGGAGCACGACAUGGGGAAUUCUUAUGCAUAG